AUGUUUUUCAAAACGACUCCCAUCGAGGAGAUUGUGGGAAAAUCCAUCGCUGAGGUGCUUCCCGACCACGGCAAACCAUGGUAUCGGGUCCGCCACCUCUUGGAACUCAACCUUAUCUUGCUUGUGCCUCUUCUCUCUUCUGCCACUGCUGGUUACGAUGGCUCUUUGAUGAAUGGGCUUCAGGCCAUUGAUGAAUGGAAGGACGAGUUUGGACACCCUAAGGGCACCAUGCUUGGCUUCAUCAAUGCUGCUCAGAACUUUGGCUGCGUUAUCGCUCUUCCCUUCUGUGGCUGGCUCACAGACUACCUCGGUAGAAAAUGGACCUUGUGUAUUGGUCUUUGGGGGAUUGUCAUUGCUACUAUAAUCCAGGCAACUGGUCACUCUUUGGCCCAGCUUAUUGCCUCGAGAUUUAUUGUAGGAGGCGCUGGAAUGCUUGCAGUUCAGCCUGCUCCGCUUCUUGUGGCUGAAUUAUCAUACCCUAGCUUCAGAGGAAAGAUGACCUCGAUGUACUGGUGCUUGUACUAUUUGGGGGCUAUUUUGGCAUCCUGGGCGUGUUACGGUACUGCUGGUCUGGGCGACAAUUGGGCAUGGCGUAUACCCACCAUUCUUCAGGCUGGAUAUCCUGUGGUGCAACUUGCCUUCUUGGUAUUUGUGCCUGAGAGUCCCAGAUGGUUGAUAUCCAAGGGUAAGGUUGACAAGGCACGGGAAAUCAUGGUGAAGUACCAUGCUGGUGGUGACAAUGAUAGUGCCUUGGUGGAUGUUGAGAUCAGAGAGAUCCUUGCAGCAUUGGACAUGGAGAGACUGGCGAAACAGACGAAAUGGCUGGACUUGAUCGCUACGCCAGGCAACAGAAGAAGAACGUACAUUGCCUUAUCGUUGGGAAUUUUUGCCCAAUGGAACGGUGUGGCCGUGGUUUCCUACUACCUCACGUUGGUGCUUGAUACCAUUGGCAUCACCAGCUCGUCAAUGCAAACGCUCAUCAACGGGCUUUUGCAAAUCUUCAACCUUAUAGCCGCCGCUUCAGCGGCGUUAUUGGUGGACUUCCUCGGCAGAAGAACCCUCUUCCUCUGGUCAGGAAUUGGUAUGCUUGUGUCGUACAUCAUCUGGACGGCCUGCCUGGCUGUUUUCGACCAGAACGGGUCAAUGGCAGCGGGACGUGCUGUGGUGGGCUUUAUCUUCAUUUUUUACUUCCAUUACGACAUUGCCUAUACGCCUUUGCUUUUGGCGUAUCCGACGGAAAUCUUCCCAUACUCGUUGCGGUCCAAAGGUGUCACAGUAGAGCUUCUUGGAGUAUACGGCUCAUUGGUGAUUGCGUCUUUUUGCAAUUCCAUCGCCUUGGACGACAUCGGCUGGCGGUACUACAUUGUGUUCUGCGUGUUGCUCUUUAUCAUUGUUCUCAACACAUACUUCUUCUACCCUGAGACCAAGGGCUACUCGCUCGAGGAGGUUGCCAAAUUGUUCGACGGAGAGAAAAUGGAUUUAGAGCUGAUUGCCGACAAAAAAGUGGAAGUUCAACAUGUUGAAACACUCAGCAAAAGCAGAGAAUAG